UUCUGUUUGUGGGGUUCGAAAAAUGCACCAGCGUCUUACCAACCACGACGUGCAUAUUGAUAUCUCCAAAAUACCCUUCUCUGGAUGUUAAAUUUCUAGACUCUGCCCCCUAUUUUCACCAAGAACACUUUAUUAUAUUAAAAACACACUUGCACUAUAGAGCUUCUUGAAUCCGGGGGCGUCUAGUGAGUGACCCGAGAAUGGUGGAGCCGGUGAACCACGAGAACGAUGAGGAGCUUUCACUGUUGCCCCUCAACAGCAGUUGUGAUGGGUCGUGGAGGUUAAACUUCGAUGGAUAUCAGCUAUCUGCAGAGCAAAAGGAGAAAAAGCCGCCUCGGGGCCUCCACGAUUGCUAUGGGGUUUUAGGUCCAGAAGAUGAUGUAGCUGAGUACUAUCAGCAGCAGGUGGAAAUGCUUGAGGGUUUUAAUGAAAUGGAUGCCUUAGCAGAGCGUGGCUUUAUUCCUGGAAUGUCAAAGGAAGAGCAGGAGGAUUUGGCUAGGAGUGAGAACUUUGCUAUCAGAGUAUCGAAUUUCGCUAAUAUGGUUCUUUUUGCUGCUAAGGUCUAUGCAUCCAUCAGAAGUGGUUCAUUAGCCAUUAUUGCGUCCACACUGGACUCUCUACUUGAUCUUCUAUCUGGCUUCAUCCUGUGGUUUACUGCAUUCACUAUGCAAACACCAAACCCAUAUCAGUACCCUAUUGGAAAGAAGCGCAUGCAGCCAUUGGGAAUUCUUGUUUUUGCCUCUGUAAUGGCAACUCUGGGACUGCAGAUAAUCUUGGAAUCAGUACGCACAUUGUCAUCUGAUGAGAAUGAAUUUGAUUUGACCAAAGAGCAAGAGCGUUGGGUUGUGGGCAUUAUGCUUUCGGUGACUUUGGUAAAACUUUUGCUGAUGGUUUAUUGCCGCUCUUUUACCAAUGAGAUCGUCAAAGCUUAUGCCCAAGAUCAUUUUUUUGAUGUGGUUACAAAUAUCAUUGGCCUUAUUGCUGCACUUCUUGCUAAUUACAUGGAAGAUUGGAUGGACCCUGUUGGGGCUAUAAUUCUGGCCUUGUACACCAUUCGCACAUGGUCAAUGACAGUGUUGGAAAAUGUGAAUUCUCUUGUUGGAAAAUCAGCUACUCCAGAUUAUCUGAAAAAGCUCACAUACCUUUGUUGGAACCAUCACAAAGCAGUUAGACACAUCGAUACCGUUCGUGCUUACACUUUUGGAUCUCACUACUUUGUUGAGGUUGAUAUUGUACUGCCUGCUAGCAUGCCCUUGCAAGAGGCUCAUGAUAUUGGGGAAUCCUUACAAGUGAAGCUUGAGCUGCUGCCAGAGAUAGAGCGUGCCUUUGUUCACCUUGAUUAUGAGUACACACACAAGCCUGAGCAUGCACAGUCACUCCCAUAGUAACAUGGAAAUCUGAUCCUUUUAGUUCUGUUGUUUGGGUUUCUCAAAACAAUGUCUACCAUGUAUCAAGUCCAUGAAGCUUUCUUUGCUGGCUAAGAGCAUAUGCAAAUGAUUGUUAACUGUAAAUUCACUAAUGAACUGGUUUCAAAUUGGGUA